CCUGGUCGGGUCUGCGUCAGUGGCUGGAAGACAAACUCUGUGCUCCUUGCUUGCAACUGUUGUUUUUUCUGCCUGCCACCCAAUAUUUUUCAUUCUCGCACAGAUUCCCAAGGAGACAACCACGGAAAGGCGAUGCGGUUGGGUUGCUUCGAUAGCGCGGCCGCGGUGGUCUUGUGGCUGCUGCCCGAAAUCCUUGCUCACGCGGAGGAGGCCUUCCCUUUCGAGGAGAAGACUGACAGUCAGCCAUUUCCGAUGAUAGCGGAGCGUCAUGAAAGAUUGACAACAGUGCCGGCGAACGCGAACGGAUCCCUCGCAGAUAGAGUGAAUGGCGUUGGUGCCGCUUUCUUUGGGAAACGCUGUCUGAACGUGUCCGAUUGCUCCUCCCGGUUUAUCAAGGGCAUGACCUGUAACUCGGACGGGGACGGCGAACCCGGGAACUGCACUUGCCCCGAUUACACUCCGCUGUUCCUGGAGGAAGGUGGCGUCUACAAAUGCAGCAGGGCCGGCGCCCUGGGCAGCAGCUGCGAGCGCGUGGAGCAAUGCCGCUACAACAACGUGUACCUGCUAUGCCUCGAUGGAAAGUGCAUCUGCCCCAGUCCUAUGCGAGUCAAGCAGGGAUUCAAGUGCAUGCCAGAGGCCAAGCUCGGAGGGAACUGCUCUACUGUUGACAGCUGCUACACGCGCAGCAGUGUCUGCGUACGUGGCACCUGCACCUGCCGAAUCCACUACGCACAAAAGGGUGGAUCGUGCGUCUACGUGGGUGACACGCAUUGGAAGAUCGUCGUGGCGUACUUGCUUCCGUGCAUCGUGGCAUUCGUGAUGUUUUCCAUCGUGCUGCUCGCAUUCUGCAGCGUCAUAACGCAGCGUUACCAAGACGUUCUGUGGAGCCACGGCUUGCCGGCGGAGGAGAAGCGGGUGUCACUGGCGGUCGACCCGAGCAACGACCCCAGCAGCGGAGGGUGCUCGGCCGGCCUCACGGACGACCGGAAGCACGUCGACUCGGGUGGCCCCAUGGCCAGCACCGAGAGCUCGGACAACGUGACCCGGCCUGGCGUUCGAUUCAGGCAGGAGCUGGCUUCCCAGCAGCAGCUCACAGACGGUGGUGCCACAGAUAGCAGCUUCCACAGGCGUCGCCACAGCUCCUACCCCAGCGAUCCGUCGUCACCGCUGCACACCAGCAUCGACUUGAACGCCGAACUCAUGGCCAAGCUCAUGGCUUCCAUUGAACGCCGGCUGUCGUCGCCGGCCAGAAAGGCUCGCGCCGUGAUCGACGGCAACCCGGCUACGCCCACUGUCAGCCCCGCGGACGUAAUGAGCCCUGACGGAGCCGUGCGACCUGACUCUGGCACGGUGACUCCCGAUGGACUGAAAAUGGCCGGCGCGAACACCAUCGGCACUUAUAGUCCCAGGCCCAUCAUCAAGAAGGCACGCAGCCAAUCUACUCCGGCGCUGCUGGCCCUGGAUGAGCAACAGCGCGUGCGAAAGGUUGUGCGCAUCGGCUCACAGGAGAUCUCAAGCACGGUGACGUACGUGCCGUACGACAACGAGGCCGCGCUCCAGGAGACUGUGGAAUGGCCCACUCUGCGCGAUGAGGUACUCCAGGAGCGGUUCCCGAACUUGGCCGCACUUUCGGAGGCGUCUAUCAAUGACGCAAUGCAGGCGGUCGCUGCGGCACACGAGAACAAGCCGGAGCCAAAGUACGCCUGUUGCCUUAGUGGUGGUUGCCUGUUUCCCAAGUUUGUCAACGUUCACCUAACCACGCCGAUGUUCAGUGUGGCGCGAGCCGAUAAAAUUGUUAACAGUGAGAUCAAGAGGCCCGAAAUUCUCCAACAGCCUGCUAUGUAG